AUGACUAGUGCAGACACUAUUGAGUCUAGUGCAUCUUCGCAGGGUUCCAAGCGUCAGAAGGUUAACGAAUUUCAAGAUGGACGCAAGGUGCCUGUCUACGAAUGGAAAUCAUCCUUCUCGGACUGGUACAAGCAUUUGUUCAGCAGCGACUACCUGGACUCCCAAGUCGAGGCUCGGCUUCUUUCCAUCUUGCCAUUUUUCCCCAAAAGUGACGGCAAGCGCAAUGCGCAGAUCAUCGACACAGACAUCGGAAAUGGAAACUACAUCCAUGAGUUGUUCAUUGAAAACACCGAAAAACCCGACGCAGUAUCCAAGGAUCAGGUGCGUGAUGUGGUGUUGGUUCAUGGAUAUGCGGCUUCUUUGGGUCUUUUCGUAGAGAAUUUCGACCUGAUUUCCGCUGUCAAGGGUAUCCGGAUCCAUGCUAUUGACCUUUUGGGGUUUGGACUUUCUUCGCGGCCAAAAUUCCCAAGCUUUACAAACAACACAAAGGACGACAUCUACCAAAUCGAAGACUGGUUCAUUGACUCCAUUGAGGAGUGGCGUAAGCGCCGUGGCAUUGAGCGUUUCGUCCUCAUUGGCCACUCAUUUGGAGGGUAUCUCAGCUGUGCGUAUGCACUUAAGUACAACCAGAACUUGGUCAGUGCAGCCACAGGAGUUUCUCAGCGCAUGAUCGACAAGUUGAUCCUUGUAAGUCCGGUGGGUGUUGAGCGUCACCAAGGCUCUUUACUUGCCAAUUCGCCUCCUCUGAGUGCACAGGUCUCCACGGCAGAGUUCAACCGUGAGAACGCUAUGAAUCCAGAGGUUUCCAUUUCUCAGGAAUUAGAUGCCGACCAGGAGGCCAUUGUUCACGGCAAUGGUAGUGAAGAUAACAAGAAGUUUGUUAUGCCACAGAAGGCAGAACUGAACGGCACCAAAUUAGUCAAGUGGCUCUGGAACAAAAAUGCCCUGCCAUUCGCCGUCAUUCGUCGUGCUGGCCCUGCAAGAUCCAAAUGGAUCUCUAGAUGGACCACUCACCGGUUCUCACAUAUAUAUUAUUCAAAUCCGGAGCAUUUCCAGAAUAUCCAUGAUUACUUUUAUCGGGUGUUCAACGGAUAUGGAUCAGGCGAGUACGCAAUUACCAGAGUGCUUCAGUUUGGAGCAUUGGCCCGGUUGCCCUUGCUAGAUAGAUGCCCUGAGAAGUUUGUCAAAAUGGGACUUCCCACCUUGUGGAUUUACGGUGACAAAGACUGGAUGAAUGAGGAGGCAGGGCUUGAAAUGACCCAGGAGAUCAAUCUGUUGUCGAAGAAGCAGGGUGAGGGGAAACUUGCCAGUUUCAGUAUACUCAAGAAUGCUGGUCAUCAUUUAUACUUGGACAAUCCAAGGGAUUUUGCCAAUGUUGUGUUUAAGUUCUUGAAUUUUCUGAAUUGA